UUUGCUUUAUCGUUCCAUCACCCGCUCACAAAUAUGCGACACCCCGAACGUGAAAAAAAAAAAACGGAAUCUAUUUUUUUGGUUCCUAACGCACAAAUGCUGAACAGACUUUUUUAAUUUUCCAUCAAUGCCCCCCUCCUUUCCAUUUCUUACAUAAUCUGAUUCUUUUCCACCGGUGUGUGCUAUAUAUACUAAUCAAUCCAUCAUAUCCUCUUUUUCCAUGCAUUUUCAUUCCAAUUUCCAUCUGGGCAUUCGUUUGACUUUGAUUUUUGGGAAAUCGAAAAAUUAAUUCUUUGGGAAGUUAGGAAUUAACGAGAUAAAGGAUGGGUUUGGAUUCGAAGGAGCUGGGAAUUGACCUCAAUUGCAGAUUUUCUUGUGCAAAUUCCUUUUCAGAUGUGCUGAGCGAGAUUUCGGUGAUUGAGGAUAAAGAUGUGAAAUCGAUUGCACUGAAUGAGUACGUUUAUCAUUUGGAGGAAGAACUCAGAAAAGUUGACGGUUUCAAACGUGAACUCCCUCUCAGCGUGAACCUCCUGACUGAUGCUAUUUUGAGAUUGAAAGAGGAAGUGUUGGAGCUGAAUAGGAGGGAUGUGGUGGUGAAGGAAAAAAUCGCGCCUUUGAAGGGCAAUUCUGGUGAAAAAGGUGUGCAAGAAGUGUGGGAUGAUAAGAAGGAUUGGAUGAGCUCUGUUCAGUUAUGGAGUGUUCCUGUUCAAAUGGAAAACACCGCUGAUGCUGCCAGAAUUCCUGAUUCCAAAUUGCUCCCUCAAGCAGGAAAGGAAGCUGGGAAAAGGGACAGGACUAAUCCACUGGUGGAGGAGAAAUGGAGCAAGAAAGGAGCAAUCAAUGUGGAGGUGAAGGAGGAAUUGGUGAUGGAUGGAAAUCUAUCUCUGUCAAUUCCAGUGUCUCUGAAGGAAUCCAACACUGAGAAGAACUCUGUGAAGCCCGAAAUGGUGCUGGGUUCAUCACAGCAACAGAACAAGAAACAGAGGCGUUGUUGGUCGGAAGAGUUGCACCGGAGCUUUGUGAAUGCACUCAUGAACCUUGGAGGUCCUGAAGUAGCCACGCCAAAGCAGAUUCGAGAAAUCAUGCAAGUGGAUGGCCUAACCAACGAUGAGGUCAAAAGCCAUCUCCAGAAAUACAGGCUUCACAUUAGCAAGGUGAAAUCAGCUAGAUCAAGCUCAUCAGGUGAAAUGCCAAAUACGGGGCCUUGGUUGAAAAGGUACAAAAGCAGCAAGACCAUGGCAAUGGCACCAAGUUCUGGUUCGCCGGAAGGCCCUUUACAUUCAGGUGGCUCCGCAAAAGGGCUGUCGCUUACCGUCGGCGAAGAAGAGGAUACCAAAUCAGAAAGCCUCAGCUGGAAUGGUCAUUUCCUCAAGCCAUGCUAAAAAGUUUGAAACUGCAGUAGUCCUAGUCUAGGCAUCAUGAUAAGAGUAGAUAAAUUUUGCAGGUACAAGAUUUCAACUUAGGAUGAAUCAAUCUGCGGAAGAUUCAAUUUAGUGUCACCCCGUAAGGCCAUUAACCUAUGGGGAGGGAAAAAAAAAAAAACACGCAGGGAUUUGGAAAAUCUUUUUUAACAUUUUUUGACGACGAUUAUAUGCUUCAUAGACGUAUUGCUUUACGUUAUUAGCCUAUCAUUGCAACAGGUUUUGAUAACAGACCAUUUCUGGUUGGAUUCUUAUAAUGGACUCCAUUUAUUGUUGUCUUUGGUGAUUUUCUGGUUUGGAAUAUAUAGUUUGCAUUUUAUCCUCAAAUUUUCACAUCUAAGUCUAUUCUUGAGUCUGCAGUGAGUGAGUGCAGUCCAUGAGAAUAUGGAUGCACAUGGUGCUGUGUGUGAAAAAAGGUUUUGUGCGGUGGUAUCUUGAAAUAUAACCC